AUGAGGAUUCACGAGCUACUCGAGGCGUGUCUCGAGUACGUCUCCGUAGAGGGCGUCCUCGGCGCCGAUCCUCCCGCGGUCCGUUCGUACCUCCAGACACUCGACUCCAACGUCGAUGAUGCCUACUUUGCGCACCUGUGGCCCCUUCUCGCCCGCCACAAGUGUCUCCAGGUGGAGAUUGCGACGGAUGCACUCCCCAGUUUACUCCCCAUCAAGUCGGAUGUUCCCAUGGCCGGCACUGCGGGCUUUGAUGACGAGCUCUUCCGUGUUCUCGGCGACGACGAUGGCGGCGGCCCGGCCAUCCCGACGACAGAUCUUGCUGCACUUCUCGCGCGGUACCCCGGCCGUCUUCGUCUGCGCUGCACCGAGGAUGAGAUCUACUAUCGCCUCACAGGCUCGCGCAAAAGAAUUGCCAAAAUCACCCCCACCAUCUUCACCUACCUCCAACUCGCUGCGCGAUCGCGCGAGAAGGGUGUCUCCGCCCUUGAACUCGGCCCCAUGACGGACACGACGCAGAACAGUGCCUUCCACUACAUCAAGGUACUGGUUCAGCUGGGACUUUGUGCCAAGAUUCCCGCCUCGAUGCACGGCUCGUCGACCAGUGUGCUCGUUUACCGUCGGUUCCUCGAACAAAACCCUCACUACCGCGCGUACAUCGCUCGAGAUGCCGGUACCGCGAUGCCUCCGACUCAGCCCACGGCCCCUGCGACGCAAGCCGACGGUGAAGUCGAUUCAGAGGAAGCCAAGGCUCACGGUGGAGCCCAGGAGCUCGGUUUCAACUUCUCUCCAUUCACCGAGCUCGAGCUUGUCGCAGGCCGUAUCCCCAAGGACCGCUUGGUCCGUGUUCUCCACCACCCCAACCUCAAGAACCAUCUUCUUGGUAACCACCACCUCCUCCAGGUCAUUGGAUGGCCUGAAAACACCUGGCAGGUUCGCCACCGCCGUCAACUGCAGCGCCACAUUACAACUCUGAUUGAGGAUGGCGUUGUCGAAUAUGUCGACAUUGGUACAUCAGCUCGCGCGUGCCUUCGUCUCACAAAGUAUAACCCCGACUAUGUACCCAAGCCCAAGGUCGAGCAUGACCAGGCAGCACCUGGAGACGACAAGGAGGUUCCCAUGAGCCUUGAUGACUAUGCGGAGCCUUUCCAGUCCUCGGGAGGCGCAUUGUCGGUCCAGAGCAUCGAGGCGCAGAUUCUCAACUCGAUUACCGAAUCGGCCGUCAAGGGCCGUACGCUGGCUGACCUCUGCAAGGGUCUCUCGGGCAUGUUCAAGCGUACCCUUGAGCACGUUGUCAACCGCCACGACUUGGCAUACCUUCCUCCCCACAUUCAGCACCACGCCAUCCGCUGUGUCAUCGAGUCCCACCAGCGCAUGCGCCGACUGCGUGUGUUUACUGCCGACGCGUACCUCAGGUACAUGGAGCAGCUUGGCCAGCCCAUUGAGUCUCACCCCCCCAACGACGCGCAAGGCCGUUUUGCCGACGUGUCUUUCCGCAUCUUUGCAGAAUCGCCUGAAAACUACUAUCGCUGGGCAGGAAUCCUUGCUGCAGCCAUGGUCCCCGUCGGCAAGAUGGCUACUGGGCGCCCACCGAAAGCUAUUCCUCCUCGCGGUGGCCGGCGCGCGCGCGGAGGUGGCGCAGCUGCUGCUGCUGCCAAGACAGCCACUCCACGCACGCCCAAGGCCACCCCCAAACCCAAGGCCACUCCCAAACCCAAGGCCACUCCUAAGCCCAAGGCCACUCCCAAGUCCAAGGCAACAAAGAAGAAGGCAGCAGCUGCUGCUACUGCUUCCGAGGCUGCCCCUGAUGCCGCCGCAGGCGAAGCGGCCGAGGGCGACACCGAGGAUAUCGAGGUCGAGGUCGAGGAAGAGGGAGAGGAAGAAGAGCAGCCUCUCAAGUCCAAGACCAAGUACGACAACCAAGCCCAGGAACGCGGUCGUCCUCGCAAGUACAUUUUUAUUGUCAACGACGACGGUUCGCGCAACCGCGCCAUUGUCGGCAACCUGCUCAACUCGCCCGAGCUUCCGUCGGUUCUUAUCUAUGUCCGCACGGCGGACAAGCUCGUGGCGGCACCUGCUGGUUACUCUGGCGUUGGCCCCGCUCCUACUCUUACGGACGAGCAGAUCGCCGAAGGCAAACCCCCAGCGUUCUACCGCGGCUUCUCUGUUGCCAAGGGAGGUAAAACUACAAGCACCCCCAAGGCCAAGCGCGGAAGGGGCAAGAAGCAACAGGAGACGGAUGGUGACGACGAUGAGGCCGAGGCAGCUCCGUCAUCACCCGUCGCCGGUCCCUCGCGCAAGCGCAGGAAGAUGGCCGACGACUCCGAGCCUGCCGCUGCGACCGAUGCCGAGAACACGCCUGUUACCGCCUCUGCCAUCCUUCCAGACACCCUUGCAGUGGUUGCCGGCGAGACCCCAGAUGUCGUCACGGAGGAGACUCCCGCCACCGCCCCCGAACCACCCACCAGCGCUCGUGCAUCCCGCACCUCAACCCGCCGAGCCGCCGCACAGGUGCAGGAGACGCCGACGCGCCAGUCCAAGCGUCCUCGUCGCUCCACUCUCCUGGCGGCAGUCGAUCAGUCCGUUACAGCAACUACGCCUCUCUCUGCUCCUGCGGCGGAGGACGACGCGGGCACGCCUGUGCCAGCGUCCAAGCGUCCUCGACGCUUCCAGGAAGUCAUCAACGCUGAUUCUGCCGCCACGCCGGUUCCCGAGGCGGACCUCGAGGAGGAGGUGAUGGAGAUGGAGGUGGAGUCGCUCAUUGAUGGGCCUCCAGAGCCGGUUGUCGAGUCCGUCGCCGCCGCGGUCGAGAGCACCGAAGAGGCCGCGCCCGAGGCCGCUGUUACCGCGCCCGAGCCCACAGUCGAUUCGGCAGUUGAGGCUACCAUCGAGGAGCCGCCUGCUGCAGAACUUCCCACGGUGCCUACCGAUGAGGAGGCGGAGCCGCCCCUCAAGUCCAUCGAGGAUACCCAGGACAUCAAGCCUGCGCACCACGACCGUGGUGGCGGCGGCGCCCAACGUGUCGUCCGUGUAGACAUUGCCGUUCUGCGUCGUGCCAACGAGAUUUACCAGUGCCUACUCGACAGCGGCAGCAUCCUCUCGGACCAGAAGCUCUACAUUGCCCAAAAGGACUGGUCGCACAAGUACGCUGGUACAGACCACCCCAACGCGCCUCAAGUUGGUGCAGCCAUGGACCGCAAGGUGUUCAAGCGCACGGUGAACAAGCUCAUCGCCGACGGCAGGUUCAAGGAGCGCACCGCCACCAUUCCUACCACCACUGGUCGCUGGGUCAAGGUCCUCGUGCUCUACAUUUCCGGUAUGGAGGAAGGAGAGAUUCAAUCUUACGUCCGUGGCCUCGCCAACUCUGCCGGACCGGCGUCCUCGCCUGUUCCUACUGCUAGGUCCAAGUCUGCGCUCGAAUACUCGGCAUACCGCCGCACCGGUCCACGCAGCAGCAUGCGCAUGGGGUCUGGUACCCCCGGACAGAGCCCCGCGCCGUCUACCCCGCAGGGCGGCCCCAGUGGACUUUCCCAGCGUGAAGUCUUCCUCGCCGAGCCCAACAUGGUCGCCUACCUUUACGGUUUCCAGAGUGGUCGCUGCCUCCGGACCAAGAUCCUCCACCACGCCCUUGUCGAGGCAUUUAACGCUAACCUAGAGUCCAAGUCGGUCAUUUCACGUACGCCUCGCAUCUUCGCUUUGCCGUUUGUCUUCGAGGACAUUCGUGUGCGCUUCUAUUUUGCCUUUGUGCAGGUUCGCGGCUUUGACCAGGAGCUGUACGACUGGCUUCAGACGCCGGGUAACCUCGACCUCCGUCUGCGCGACAUGCCUCGCGAGAUUGCGGAAAAGGCCGCCUUGACCGGUCGCGGCAGCUCGGGUGCCAAGAGCAUGGUUCGCACGCUCCUCACCAUGCUGUCGUUCCUCCAGCUCAUCGUUCCUCUUUCGCCCUCGGACGAGGCCAGUGCCAAGAUCCACUGUACAGACAUUUCGAGUGGCGACGGCCACCUCGCGCACUUUGACUGCAGCUCGGACGUUGCUGCCAGCUCGUACUUUUUGCUCCACGAUGUUGUCCCCGUCUACCACAUCAGUGACCCAUCCCUCUCGCUCCUUGGCUUCAUGCCAGCCAGCAACCCGACCGAGGUGGACAACAUUUGGGCCACCAUCAAGGUAUCCGCUCUCGAGACUCAGGCGCCUCACGUCUCUCGCAUGGAAGACGUCCCACCCUUCCCUUAUGCACCCGACGUCAGCGGUGUGCUGGACGUGGGUAUUGACCACCCCAAGACGCUCCGCGGUAACAACCGUUGGCGUCACGAGGUCCGUCUCGUCCCCCAACAGCGUGCGAACCUCGAAGCGUGUGUCGACAAGGCCACUCGUACGCGUCUGGUCACCACUCCCGAGCAGGUCGCAAAGGUCGCCUACGACAAUGCCCUCCAGCCGUCGUAUGUGGAUUAUUACCUUGAUCGCCGCCUGCGCUCCGUCCAGGGAGAGAGCAUUGCUGCUCCCCGUAUGGUCGCCGACAAGAACGCUGCGACGCGCCUCCGCGAGCGCGAAAAGCGCCAAAAGGAAAAAGAGGCGAUCCGCGACGAGCUCGCGUCGCGUAUCCGUGCCGCUCGCAAUGUCUACGACGAGCGCGUUCGUGCUGCGGCUACUCGUGCCGGCGUCGAGGUUACUCAGGAGAUUCUCGACUACAUCACGCACAACCGUCCCAUGAAGCGCCUCGGCGAGAUUGCCAGCGAUGGCGAGCUUACGGCCAUCGUCGAGUCGUACCUCCGCUUCAAGUCUGGCUACGCUCCUGUUCGCCACGUCAAGAUUGCGCCGCGCGCCGUCACCGCUCGCCCCCCCAAGCGCGCCAAGCAGGUCAGGGCCCGUAACCCCAACGUCAAGUUGCGCCGUUACCGCCACCACUGGAGCAAGGAAGACGAGGAGCUGUUUAUCGAUUCGGAAGCCGUCAUUCGUGCUCGUUGCCGUGGCACCAGCCACCGCGGCCGCUUGGCCAUGACCCAAGUGUUCCCCAACAUUGGCGACCAGGUCCUCCGUUCCAAGCUCAAGAAGCUCUUUGAGCAGCCCGGUCGCGAGGCAUACUACCGCCGUCUGGAAGAGGCGUUCUACCACCUCUGGGUGCAGCACCGCGGUCACCCCGAGCUCCCGGACCCCAACCCGGCCAGCCACACCGACUUUGACCUCUUGACCCACGUCAACUUCCUCCGUGCCAAGAUUAACAAGAACCUUCUCAGGCUCCCUGUGGCUGCCGCGCCUGUGGCCACCAAGGACGUCCCCGAUCUCCCGACGCACCCCAGCGACAUUGUGGCUGCAUACCAGUGGGAGUACUUGAAGCCCAUCAACACGAGCUUUGACCAGCUUGUCGAGAGUGGUGCGGUUGCCGAGGACACUCGUCUGCACAAUGUCUCGCUCGCCUCUAUUGUCGAUGACGGCGACAAGAGGUACACGCCCCCCGAGACUGGUGUCGCGUGGCGUCGCCAGGGUGCCAUCCGUGCGCUCCUCAAGAUGGUUGUUGCUACCCCGUCCGAGACGUACAGCAUCAACGACGCCCAGAGGUUGCUCAACGUCAUCCCCAAGGCCGAGUACGAGCCCCACAUUGCGGCUCUUGUCAACGAGGGCAUCCUGCUCAAGCACCCGCAGCUCAACAACCGUUCGCCUGGCCGUCACUACGCCUUUACGACUUCGUGGCUGACUGCGUGCGAGGGCCCCCUUCCGGUCGACAUGGACGAAGAGGUCGACAAUGCGCUCCGUCGCUUUGACAACGACGACCGCGGUACCACGUGGCCCAUUAUCGGAACUUCUGGUGACAUUGGCGUGCUCAUGUCGCUCGUCUCAAACCACAAGGUCGAUUUUAACAUUGACGUCAACGAAAUGACCAUCCUGCGUACCAACCGCCUUACUUACAACACGCGCGCGCUCAACGACGACUCGUUCGAGUACGAGUUUGACGCUGCUCUGGUUCCUUACCCCGCGACGGUCAAGCCCAAGGUCGCCGUCCCUGUGCCCAGCGAGUUCCCUCGCCCUGCCGCCUGGCCCGCCAUGAACGUUACCGUCACGAAGCGCGAGAUUGACAGUGUCUUGGACUCUGUCGUUCUCGCCGGCGUCAACGGUGCCCUCCGCGGUGAGAUCCAGCGCAUCACUGGCCUUUCGCACGACACUAUCAACGGCGUGCUCGCGGCCCUUGCGCGCGAGGACACGCCCCGUGUCUUCUGGGCCGGCUACGACAAUGCCCGCCUCGUCUCGGGCAAGCACUUGGCCUCGUGGACUGUUGGCGUGUCGCCCCGCGCCCCCGGCCGCGUCGCCCCCCAGCCCGGCGUGCUCAACCGCUGCCAGCCCCGCCGCUGGGUCGACAUUUGGGGCGACGUGAUCCCCGCCGAGUGGCGCCGUGCCAUCAAGGCUGCGCUCGGCCACAUUCUCCAGCGCCCCGGUCUGUCCGAGCACACCCUCCGCCAGCGCCUGUCCCCGAUCUUUGACCGCCUCGAGGCGUGCGACGUCCUCCAGUACCUCGUCGACACCAACCUCGUCAACCGCCGCAUCACGCUGGACACGGACCAGACCCUGCCCCCCGUGCACGCGACCGACGCCAAGCAGAUGCGCUGGAUCGUCUGGACCGCCAACGAGGACACUCUCUGGGUCUAA